CGUGAACCUACUACAGUACACACACAUCGCUAAAGGACUAAGCGACGCUGUUUAAUAGUUACCGAUGCUCCAAUAUUAUAGCUGCUUCGUGGUUGCACCCUGCAGACAGACUUUGGGAGUUUGGAAACAUGUGGUUCCUCUCCAAAACCCCAAAAUGUUCAGGAGGUGCUGGAGAAAGUCGUGGCAUCCAGACAGACCCUAUACUGGAUCAGUGCCUUCAAACCCUAAUUCUGAGAUCCCAGUCCAAGGGGAGAAGCCCUUUCACACACCGGUCAUGGUAAAGGAAGUGCUGCAGUUUCUGAACAUCAAACCUGGACAGGUUGUUCUGGACUUAACCUUUGGGGCUGGAGGUCAUUCAAAGGCAAUUCUGCAGUCGGUUCCUGGUGUAACGGUGGUGGUUGCAGAUCGUGACCCCACAGCUUUCCGAAUGGCCCAGCGAUUAGCUGAAGAAUGCCAGGGAAAAGUGAAGCCAGUACUAGGGAGGUUCAGUGAGCUCAAUAACCUGCUCCCAGCUUUGGGUUUGGGUCCUGGGACUGUGGAUGCUGCUCUCCUGGAUGCUGGUUGCUCCUCCAUGCAGAUGGAUUCAGCAGAAAGGGGCUUCUCCCUCAGCAAAGACGGACCACUAGACAUGAGGAUGGAUGGAGACAGGUACCCCGACAUGCCCUGCGCAGCUGACGUGGUCAACGCCUUAGAUCAACAGGCGCUUGCGUCCGUGCUGGCCGCGUACGGGGAGGAGCGGCACACCAGGAAAAUUGCGGCGGCCAUCGCACAGGCACGCAGCGUCUACCCCAUCGGCCGGACCCUGCAACUGGCCAGCAUCGUAGCAGGAGCGUUUCCAGCCAGUGCGUUGUAUGCCCGCCGUGAUCGUCUCCAGCGGCCCUCACACGUUGCCACCAAAACCUUUCAGGCCUUGCGGAUAUUUGUGAACGACGAGCUGAACGAGCUUCAUGCCGGCCUGCGUGUGGCCCAGACUCUGCUCCGUCCCAAAGGCCGACUCUGUGUUCUCACCUUCCACUCCCUGGAGGACCGUCUGACCAAACGCUUCCUCCGCGGAGAAGACCUGGCCGCUCCACCACGCCGCAGCCUUCGCCAACAUGCCAGAGCCAGGCCAGCAGGUCUGGAGGAGGAGUUUGAAGAGGAGGAAAAGGGUGAAGAAGGAGGGAAUAGUGUGCAUUGGGUCAGUCUGAAGAAAGUGAUAAAGCCAAGUGAAGAGGAGGUGCAGGAGAACCCAAGAGCUCGAUCUGCUAAACUCAGAACUGCGGUGAGACAAUAGAGGACCAUGCAAAGACUCUGAAAUGCUUUUUUUACUGAUUGCUAAUUUAACUUUUUCAUGUGUGGUUGGGCUCACAUCGGGGUGAUUCAUUUUCAAAUAAUACAAAAUAAACAAUAGAAGAGCAGAAUUUGUUUUUCUGAUUUGUUGAUGAAAAUGUUGGUGGCGUAGGCUUGAAUUCUGGAUGAAUUUCAUGUACUCAAUGUUCA